GAGCUGGACUCGCGGAGUGCGCGGGCUGGUAUCGGUGCAGCUGCGUUUGGUCCAGUUGUAGGCUAGUCUCGAGUCAAGGCGCAGGUCAUGUUGGCCCACAUCGCGUGGCCAGCUAUCCCUUUCUCAAAGCACUGUCCGUCAGGGCCCAGACCCAUCGCCUCCUGCUGCUCCUUUCUCCAGUUCGUCUUCCUCCUCCGGAUCGAGACCUUGGAGGCUGCUCCAUGGACCUGUCCAUUGAAACAGAGGGCGAUUCCGAACAGAGGCUUAGCCGCGGGCAUGCGGGCCCUGCUGGUGCUGCCCGGCCUGUAGAGUCCCAGGCUUCUAUCAGCGUCGCCGAGGCUGACAUUCGCCGUGCAGGGGACCUUCAUAGCGGUGGCGGAGAUGCCGGAUUUCUUGGCGAGGACCCGCUCUUGCAAGUUUGUUCGGAGGCCACGAGCGGAUGGACACGCAGGGUAAGGAUCAGAAAGGCCCCCACUGAGUGCGAGCUCAAACCUAACCGGAAAAGUUCCCUUGAAUUAUCCAUGUGGGCGUUCAUAUUGAAAAGGGAUGGCAAUGUUGUCAACCCAGCUGUCGGGACUUCAUUUGAUUCAUUGGAUGAAGCCUAUCAAUUCUACAAUUUGUAUUCGUGGGAGCUUGGAUUCGGAAUAAGGUAUUCAAAAAGCAGGCUAAAUGUGGAGCGGAUGAAGUGCAUGCAGGAGAUAGUCUGUGGAUGUGCGGGUAAACCAGAGAGGGAGAAUACACGAUCAACACGGUGCGGCUGUGCUGCCCGGAUCAGGCUGCUUCGGUCGGACGACAAUGGAUGGUAUAUUUCAGAGCACCGGGCGGCACACAACCACUCUUUGUCAAGCACUUGUGGUGAGAAAAUGCAUUGGCCGUCACACAGGCUCAUUGACCGGUAUACUAAGGAUCAUGUUAGGCAGCUUAGAGAGAACAAUGUCAGUCUUGGAAAGGUUUUUAGCAUAGUUGGUAGAUUUUUUGGAUCAGUUGAUAAUGUGCCAUUUACAAAACGAUCACUGAAGACGCUGUGUUGCAAGUUGAACAAGGAGCAGUCUGAUUCAGAUGCCCGGAAAACAAUGGACAUACUUGCGGAGAUGAAGGAAAACGAUCCAGAAUUCAACUAUAACAGAGCCUAACUUCAACAACGAGAGCCUAGACGUAA